UGAUGUAAAUUGCUAGACUACGUAAACACAUUGGGGAAAUGGAAAAACCAAGAAUAAUUCAGGUUUCAAAAAUUCCUAAAAAUGUUCAUUGUGAUUUCAUUGAACUUUUCUUUGAAAACACAAAGAAAUAUGGUGGUGGAACAGUUUCACGCGUUGAAUACGAUGAAAAACUUGCUACAGCUACAGUUGAGUUUGAAUCAGCCAAAGCUGUUGAUAGAGUUUUAGAAUUAGAAAACAUAAAAAUGAUGGGCCAUGACAUCUGUGUUGAAGUAUACAAAGAAAAACCGCAAUGUACAAUUGAAGUACAUGGGCCUGUUUCUUUAGUCCGUAGACAAAAUGCAGAACUUCUACAACUGUAUUUUGAAAGUCCAAGGAGUAACGGUUGGAAAGUUAAGGAAGUAACUUUUGAUGCAAAGAGGUCGGUUGCUUUUGUAACAUUCGAAUCGGAGAAAAUGUCGAGAAGAGUUGUAGAACAUUCGACUCACGUUCUAAAGGGACAAACGUUGGAUGUAAAGCUACAAAACAACCCUAAUUUUGGACCGAAAGAUUCACAUAUAGAGGGAACGGCUUGUACGGUACGAGCAAAAGGGCUCAAAGAAAUCCCUUCGAAGGAUUUUGUAGAACUCUACUUUGAAAACAAAAGACGUUCAGGGGGAGGGAAAAUUAAAACAUUUGUCCUACAAGGUACAGAUGAAGAUGUUGCUGAUAUUACCUUCGAAAAUGAAAUAGAUGCAAAGGCUGUGGUAGAAAAAAGCCAUACGAUAAAUGGAAUAUCAGUUGAAGUAUCAAUUCCGCAUGAAGUGCAAGAAAGACCAAUGUAUCAGGACAGGUUUCUUGUAGAAGGGUUACAAGACAAAACUUCCGACGAUUGUCUCGUUUUCUUUUUUGAGACAAAAACUGGCUUGAAGACAAGAUCACUUGCAUAUCACAGAGACAAAAAUGGCGUUGUUCUCGUAACAAUGGAAUCUGCCCUAGAUGUUGCACAGCUAAUUGCGGAUUGCAAGAACGAAACUGUCGAUUGUGCAAAGUUGCGAUUGUCGGAGGUUUAUGUAUCAAACUACAUCUAUGUAAGUAACCUACCGCCAGACAUCACCACUGAUACAAUAGAAAUCUACUUCGAAAACACGAAAAGAAGCAAAGGCGGCCUUGUCGAAAAGGUCGAGCUUCUAGAUGACACAUCGUGUCUUGUAUAUUUUGAGGAUUACAGAGUUAUUACAGAUGUACGGAGGGAUUCGCAAAUUCUCAGCAAUAAUGCCUUGGUUAUAGGCGUAUACCUCGACUGCUUGAAGCUAACGGAAGAAGAUGCUCUCAACAAUUCCACCCCACAGCCAGUAACAAUUACAAACUUAGAUUGCCGCAAAAUUAAGUUCAUAAAUAAGGCUGAGGAGUUCAGACAUGACGUAGAACACAUACUUCUUGCAAAUCAUGCAAAGUUGAUUGGCCUGAAGAAGGGUUCGAAGAUCAUGGAGGGACAUUAA